AUGAGUGUGAAAUAUCAGCAUCAUGAUAACAAGAUUCUUUCUCCUAAAUAUGCAUGUGUAUAUUCAGAGAUUGACACGCUUGACUUUAUUGGAUUACACAUUGAUAAAAGUCACGUUUUGGCUACAUUGAUUCCAUUCUGUCGAAAAAUUAAUCUUAUUGAACUCAUACGCGGCCAAACUAAUCUUACCACAAUCGAGAUAAUCGGCGAGAUAAUUGAUCACCGAAAAUCACUAUUGUCAGCACUUUGCACACAGAAGAAUGCAAUUACCUCGAUGGAGUUUUCUUAUUUCCCUUUUGAAGAUUUUACGAAUUGGACCAUCUUUCGACAAUUCACUCGUUUGAAACGUUUGAAAAUACAUAAUGUCUCGAAAAUAAAUAUUGAUGAUGAUGUAUUGGGUAUUAAAUGCAUUGAAAGUACAAUUUCACAGCGUACUAUACAUGGUAAAAAGUAUCACGGUGAAGCAUUAAUUCCGACUCGUGUGAAUUGUCAUGAACGAACAGCAGGGCUAGACCCACUGUAUUUUCCACAAAGUGCAACAUAUUUUAUCCUGAUGAUUAAAAUAAUGGGAAAUUGCAAGAUUAAACUUCAUUCUCCUUAUAGUGAAGAGUUUAGUGAUGAUAAAGAAAUAAGUAGUGUUGCAGACGUGAACCAAGAACUGAGACAGCUUAAAGGACAGCUUAAAGGACAGCUAAAAGCACGAAAAUCGAUCAAUCGGCAAAUGGAUAGUAGGGGAGGUCCAGGUAAAGCGGCUGUGCUUCUAAAUAUGGGUGACCAAAUGGAGUCAUUUAUUAUGGACUUGAAGUUUGAUGGGCUAUAUCGUACUUAG